AUGAGAGUACUCAGGAUAAUCUGGACCGCCUGUUUCGUCUUAGAGGAGACUGAUGCAUGGGGUUUUAGGGACGGAGUGCUUCGCAACUCGAUAUGGCUGGAGCGAGCUGCUGGAGUUUACCACCGGGAGUCGCGCAAAGGAAGGUACCAGCUAACGUACAGAGAGGCCAAGGCUGUGUGCAAAUUUGAAGGAGGAAAGCUGGCCACCUAUGAGCAGCUAAAGGCUGCCCAGCAAAUCGGCUUCCAUGUGUGUGCGGCAGGAUGGUUUGACAAAGGGCGAGUGGGAUACCCCAUUGUCACUCCCGGCGCCCACUGCGGUUUUGGGAGGGUUGGCAUCGUCGACUACGGCUACAGGCUGAACAAGAGCGAGAGGUGGGACGUGUACUGCUACAACCCCACUGCGAAGGAGUGCGGUGGUGUCCUGACGGAGCAGCGCAGGGUCAUUCACUCCCCGGGCUACCCAGACGAGUACGAGGACAAGCAGAUCUGCUACUGGCACAUCCGCGUGCGCUACGGCCAGAGGCUCCGCCUACGCUUCCUGGACUUCGACGUGGAGGAGGACACCGCCUGCCUCGCUGACUACCUGGAGGUCUAUGACAGCUACGAUGAUAUCUCAGGCUUCGUUGGGAGGUUUUGUGGGGACGAGUUACCAGAAGACAUCAUUAGCACAGGGAAUGUCAUGACCCUGAAGUUCCUGUCCGACUCCUCAGUGACAGCUGGUGGGUUCCAGCUGGAAUACAUAGCAAUACAAAGCUCCAGUCUAACGCCAUGA